CCCCCAUCCCACAUCAAAUAAUUAAUUUUUCUACCUAUAUCUCCCUCUUUCUCCCCCCCUUCUCCUACGACGAAAGCUCUCCUCCUUCUCUCUCUCUUCUUUCUUUUUUCUUUUCAACUUCCUUCAAAUUUUUCUCUUUUCUUUUAGAAGCAUUUGGGGCAGUUCUCCCUGUCGCUCCUUUCCACGACAUCAUACCCCCCGAGGGAGCUUAUUAAACGAGAGCUAUAAACCACAUAUAGCAGCAGGUGAAUCGCUGUUGCAACCAUGUCGACAGACUAUAACUAUGACGACAAGGGGCAGUUUUUUCCCUACUUUGUACUGACCAUACUUGGUUUAAUUUUGUGCCCCUUGACAUACUCAACCUUUGCGCCCAGUAAACAACCGGGCAUUUCGAAAACACCUUUAAUAAAGGAAAAUAACUAUAAACCGCCUGGCAAUGAGGCAAUCGAGGCGGCGCGCCGCAGGCAGAAGAGGAAGGAGAGACGGCUUAAGAGAUUCACUUCGAUCGUCAUCGGGUGGGCGCUGUUCGCAUACAUGGCAUACCUUAUCGCUGUGACAGCAAAUGCCGAUGGCAAGAUCUGGGAUCCAUACGAAAUCUUGGGUAUCAGCAUGACUACGGAUGAAAAAGCUAUCAAGUCCCAUUAUAAGAAAUUGUCCUUGAAAUACCACCCGGAUAAGAUCCGCCCAACCGCCAACCAAACUCUCGAAGAUCUCAACAAUCACUUUGUCGAGCUUACCAAAGCUUACAAGGCGCUGACCGACGAAGAUAUCCGUAACAACUUUAUCCAGUAUGGUCACCCCGACGGAAAGCAAUCCUUCUCGAUUGGUAUUGCCCUCCCAACAUGGAUCGUCUCUGAGGGAAACAACUAUUACGUACUUGCCGUUUAUGGAUUGUUGUUUGGAAUCUUGUUGCCAUAUUAUGUUGGUCGAUGGUGGUAUGGAACCAAGAAGCACACGAAAGAAGGAGUCAUGACGGAGAGCGCCGGAAGUCUCUUCAGAGCCUAUGACGAGAACAUUGAUGAGAAGAAACUUGUGGAAAUCCUAACUACCGGUGAAGAGAUGAAGCUCAUUACCGGCGGUGCUAGAGAAAAGGAAUGGAUCGGAAGUGAGGAGGCUACCAUCGAGAGAAAGAUCAAGGCUGCUGGUCUUGCGGACAAACAAAUGAAAGUCAUUGAGGAGCUCGACGGCUGGAGGAGGAGGGCACUCGGCCUACUCUGGGCUUAUAUCUACCGUGUGGAUCUGGGAAGUGAGAAGCUGAGCAACGCUAAAUUGGAUGUCGCGCCUGCUGCAAUUGCUCUCAACAAGAGCUUCCACGCAAUUGCCCUCGCCUAUUCCAACACCCAACCAGUUAUGGCCUCCAUGCGCUUGAACCAAUGCCUUGUUCAAGCGGUUCCUCCGCAUGCCUCUCCUCUGCUCCAACUCCCCCACUUCACAAAUAAGACCGUGGCUGCUAUCGAGCAGGAUGGUGGAAAGAACCACUGGACCGUCCAACGUUUUAUAGCUUGCCCCGCGGAGAAGCGCAAAAAGUUGUGUGUUGGCAAGGGACUCCUGAAUGAUGAACAAUACGAACAAGCCAUCAACUUUGCUAAAGCGCUCCCGGCAUUGAGUAUUGAAUCUGCUUUCUUCAAAGUUAUGGGAGAGAAAUAUAUCACCCCGGCUAGCCUGGUUAAUUUUGUUGUCAAAAUGCGAGUUGUUCCCCCUGGAUCUACACCGCCAGCAGUCGAUGCCAAGGAUCUUUUGGACGAGGACCCCGAUGAGACCGAUGUCGAAGCUUUAUUGGGCCGCGACGGCAAGUCUCAAGGAAAAGCUGGCGACCAGUCGAUGACUCCUCUUGCACAUGCACCUUACUUUCCCCGGGACUACUCUCCUACUUGGCACAUCUUCCUGGCGGACGAAAAACAGGGGAAAAUGAUUGUUCUUCCGCAGCCAAUUACUCGUUGGGAAAAGAGCACCGAUAAUUUUGCCGUACAAACGUUCAAGCUACAAUUCCAAGCACCACCGCAACCUGGAGAAUACACCUUUGUCAUGCAUUGCGUUAGUGACUCCUACCUGGGAGUUGAUAAAAAGCAAAAUGUGACUCUUGUUAUCAGCGACCCUAGCAAGGUUGAGCAGAUCAAGGAAGAUGAAGAAAUCAGUGAACCAGAAGAAGAUUCUCUCGCAGGUCAGAUGAACGCUAUGAGAGGCGGCCCGGUAAAGAAGUCCAAGAAGCGAAGUAGCAACGCUGAUGAUGACGAUUCAUCCGAAGAGAGCGACACAGAUGGCGAGGAGGCGGAUGACCAGAGUGAGACAGACACAGACACGGAUACAGAUGAGGAGUAGAACAAGCACUGUUCAUGUUUCUUGUUUGUAAUUUACCUUUGCCUUACCCUUUCCGUAUCAAGUUUUUACAUUGCGUGUUAUUUGGGCGCAGCAAAAGAGGUGAAAAGUCUAUUUGCCGGCGAUCCCGGUUCUUAUAAUGGUGUUUUUUGUUUUUUGCUUCUCCUAUUUGUUUUCCUUCUGGUUUUUUCUUCUUCUCUUCCUCGGGUAUCAUCAUGAUAGGCAGACGGUUAGGUUGAGUUAUUGUAGAUAGAAUAUUAAGACGUCGCCUACUCCUGCCUUAUACAUUAUUGCUCAUGGACCUGUUGUAUGGGUUGGUUGGAGGUUUCUUUCCCAGAUGGGUGUGGGGUGUUGGAGGGUGCUAGGUCUUGAGCACCAGAGAUGUUCACGGCUAGCGAUAACUAACUACGGCAUGGGUCUUGCGCUAUUAACAUACCGAAAAAAACGGUACGGUGGUC